UCUUGACGCGGUCAGCUCACAAGUGAGUUCUAUCACUCUGAGGGGGCCGUAUCGAUUUGAACCAUCCGCAUUCCACACAGGGGCUUGAGGUGACUGUGCCGAAAUUUGAAGGGGUCCAAGUUCCAUAUGUUGGCAGAAUAAAAGGUUGUCCGGAUGACUGCAAAGCGCUCCCCCAUCUGAAACACAUAUCUGUCUUCAUAUUUAUGGGAUAAAAUCAGCCAUCAUGUUGGGGAAGUCAGAUGGGAAGAAGAAGUGGGAGGCAGUCAGGGGACGCCUGGGCUCCUCGCAGGACUCAGAUACACAGCCAGAGGCCAACCUAGAAAGUGCCGAUCCAGAGCUGUGUAUCAGACUGCUGCAAGUUCCCACUGUGGUCAACUACUCCGGGCUAAGGCGUCGCCUGGAGGGCAGCGACCAGACGUGGAUGGUCCAGUUCCUGGAGCUGAGUGGGUUGGAUCUCCUCCUGGAGGCCCUGGACCGGCUCUCGGGCCGGGGAUGCUCUCGCAUUGCCGACGCCCUUCUGCAACUCACUUGUGUCAGCUGCGUCCGGGCAGUCAUGAACUCCUCUGCAGGGAUCCACUUCAUUAUAGACAAUGAGGGAUACAUUCGGAAGCUCUCCCAAGCUUUGGACACUUCCAACACCAUGGUGAAAAUGCAGGUGUUUGAGCUACUUGCUGCCCUCAGCGUGUUCUCUACAGACGGUCAUCGUCUGGCACUGGAUGCCCUGGACCACUACAAGGGCGUGAAGACGCAGCAGUAUCGCUUCAGUGUGAUCAUGAACGAGCUGCAGGCCACAGAUAACGUCCCUUACAUGGUCACACUCCUCAGUGUCAUCAACUCCCUCAUCUUCGGGACAGAUGACCUCAGGCAGAGAGAUAAGAUGAGAAAGCAGUUUAUCGGGCUCCAGUUACUUGAUAUUCUGCCAAAGUUAAGGGAGCAGGAGGAUGAAGACUUGAUCAUUCAAUGUGAAACUUUUGAAGAGACAAUGGCUGAAGAUGAGGACGAGCUGCUGCGGGUCUAUGGGGGCAUUGACAUGAGUGAUCACCUGGAGGUUUUCACUACACUCUUUAACAAGGUGAGCAGCUCUCCAGCGUCUCUCCAGCUGCUGUCCAUCCUGCAGACGUUAUUGGUGCUGGGCCCCGGACGUUCGGACAUCUGGCUGGCUCUAGAGACCAUCACUAACAGAGCCAUACUACUCGCCCAGGACUCUCAGAUGGAGUCCUGUGAGAAGAUCAUGCAGCGGCUGAUCUUCUCCAAAGGCAAGAGCUGCGACGAUCAUCAUGAGGUGGACGGGCAGCUCGUGAAAGUAGAUAAGGGCGUGCAAACUGAUCUGGAUCAUCAGGAGAAAGAGAAAAGCAUAACAUCCUCUCUGAAGCCGAUUUGUGCCUUUCCUCUACCUCCACCACCACCUCCUCUACCCCCUAUGGCAGGUACCUUGCACCAACCUUUUAACCAGUGCCCACCUCCACCUCCUCCGCUACCUGGAGGGUUUGGUGGACCUCCUCCACCACCUCCCUUGCCUGGAAUCCUGCCACCACCACCACCACCGUUGCCUGGCGGUCCAGGCAUGCCUCCACCACCACCACCACCACCCCUGCCAGGAAUGGGUGGCGGACCACCACUACCACCUCCCUUACCUGGCAUGCCACCUCCACCUCCACCUCCACCAGGUUUGAUAGUGGCUCAGAGUAGCCAGGCCUUGGGGUACGCUGCACCCACAAAGACGAGCCCAUGCCCCACCCUGAGGAUGAAAAAGCUCAACUGGCAGAAGCUCCGCACGGUUACUGAUGGUAACUCCAUGUGGUCCUCGGUUCAGAAAGCGCCUCAUCCUCGGGAGCCGGACUACAGUAGUAUCGAGCAGCUGUUCUGUCUCCCGGUGACUGAGCUCAAGGACAAGGGGGCAGCUGCUCCUGUCAAGAAGGAGCCCAAAGAGAUUACAUUCAUUGAUCCAAAGAAAAACUUGAAUUUGAACAUAUUCCUAAAGCAGUUCAGAUGCACAAAUGAGGACUUUGUAGCCAUGAUUCAGAAUGGGGAUCGUAGUAAGUUUGAUGUAGAGGUGCUAAAACAGCUUCUUAAGCUCCUACCAGAGAAGCAUGAGAUUGAAAAUUUGAAGUCUUUCCAAGGAGAAAAAGAAAAGUUGGCAAAUGUUGACCGCUUCUACACGUCCCUCCUCACUGUGCCAUGUUAUCAGUUGAGGAUUGAGUGCAUGUUGCUCUGUGAGGAGACUUCAUCAGUAUUAGAUAUGCUCAAACCUAAAGUCAAGCUGGUGGAGGAGGCUUGCCAGUCUCUCAGAACAAGCACGCUUGUGCCCAGUUUCUGCAGGCUCAUCCUUGAUGUUGGGAAUUUUCUCAACUAUGGAAGUCACACAGGGAACGCCGAGGGGUUCAAACUCAGCUCUCUGCUCAAGCUUACAGAGACAAAGGCCAACAAGAGCCGCAUUACGCUGCUUCAUUACAUCCUGGAGAAAGCAGAGGCCAACCACCCGGAGCUGUUGACCCUGCCAGAUGAUCUAGAGAUCUGUGAAAAAGCAGCAGGAGUUAAUCUGGACUCUGCUCAGUCAGAGGCCAGUGCCUUGCUAAAACGACUGAAUGAAACAGCCAAGAAGGUUUCCAACUCUGUUGAAGAGAUGAAGGCGCAAUAUGCUAAAGUUCUUGAGGAAAGUCUGGAGGCAUGUAAAGCUUUAAGUGAAAGGUUCACUGCGCUUGAGAAGAAGAGGAGUGAGCUGGCUGACUAUCUAUGUGAAGAUGCCAAUCAGUUGUCGCUUGAUGAACUUUUUGGAACCAUCAGGUCUUUCAGAGGACUAUUUCUCAAGGCACUGAAGGAAAACAAAACCAGAAGUGAGCAGGCAGCCAAGACUGAGAAGAGGAAGAAGCAGCUGGCUGAGGAGGAGUCAAAGAGACAGAAGGGAGAGAAUGGAAAAAUCAUCAAGAAAGGCUUUGUACCACAGAAUGAUGGCUGCAUCAUCGACCACCUCCUGGCGGAUAUCAGGAAAGGUUUCAGCCUAAGAAAGACCAGGCCAAGGUGCGAUUCGGCAAGCCCCCCUUCUAGUGAAAUGCGUAGGGAUACCUGCCCAUCUGGAUCAAGUGUGAUGCCUGUAAACGAAAAAGCCGUAGAACUAGCCGCCAUAUCCGCAUCCAGCAAACGUCAGACAGGGGGUCACCAGGCCAGCACAAGCGACGUGAACGGCUUCAUCAGCCCAUCAGAAGACACUCCGCCAGCACUCCAGAGUGGCAUGCAAGACAGACCAGCUGUACCCCCCGAGGCACUCCCAGGAGAGCAAGCCAUGACAAUGCAGACACACCUGGAAAGAUCUUUGUUGCUGCAGGAGGAGCAGCAACACUCAAAGAAAUCUGCGUUAUCACCCCAAGCUCUGACACAACCUCAGCCUCAAGUUAAAGCAGAACAUCAACCAUGUCUCCCCACAAAUGGCUUUUCACUGGACUCAACUGAAACCAGCAUCCUUAGCCCAUCUUCCCUCUCUGAUUCUGACCUGCUAGAGGCUGUGUUAGAUGGCACUUCGAGCCUGGUGUCUGAGAAGCUGACGGCUGAGGAGCCAGCGGAUAUUAGCGUGAAUGUUCAGAUAAAGGAAAGUCCUUUACCUAAUACAGACACAGUGACACAGAGUAGUGCAGGCAGUAUAAUGGGAGAUGGGAAAGGUGAAACUAGUAAUAAAAUAAACUGCUUAGCAGAGACUGUAGGUCAAGAGGAGGGUCGAGAAGAGCGUAAAUGCAUUAUUGUAGAAACGUCCGGGACUACACUUGCACUCGGCGAGGGCAUCGAGGGGUGCGACGUCCCAGAUGGACUGCAAUCAGAAGAUCCACCAUCAGUGUCUGAAGUAGUGCCUCCAUCCCUUAAGCCAGAACCAAAGAAAAAGCAGAGCUUCUAUAAACGAAACAAGAAGAGUAAUCAAGGUAACCAAUCCAUUAACUUAAAUAAAGAUCACGUUUGGAAUGCUAGUCUUGUGAUGUGUCUUAAAGGGAAAUCCUUAUUUAUUUUUUUACUGCAUUUAACGUUUUAUAUAUUAUGUAUGGUCUAUUUUUGUGUGUAUUCAUAAGUAUUUUUUACAUGACAACAUCCGUUUUUAUUAAAGAGUAUGGAUGCAAUGUGCAGAACUUGAUUUGCAUAUUUAAUAUGGAUUUGAAGCUGUGGACAGUUUGUUUGAAUGCUCUGAUUUCCAUUCUAACUCUCUGAAACACAAGGUAACAGUGGGAAAGGACACACUAAACAUAAAAAAGGCUGUGUGUUGCAGUGAGGUACGUUAAAUCGAUGGGAUGGAAAACUGUAAGCAGAAACAUCACCCUAAUGAACUCAAUCACCAUCGCAGCUUUGUCCUAAAUAACACGUCAUUUGUUGGUCUAACUGGAAUCUGGAUUUUUCAUUUGUAUCUGUUGUCCAGCUUUUAAGACUUUCUCUCUCUUUUUAACACUUUUCCUAUCGGGCCCAACAACAUUUGACCAAAUGCACGUGUCUUGCUGUGAUUCUAAUGUUAAUCACACCUGGUGAAAAACUAACCUUGAAAGUACCAAUACUUACAGCAAAUCCUUUUUUUUUUUUUUUUUUUAAAUAAGUGGUUAAGUAGUCUUACAUCACAGUUUGUGAUUUCAAGCAGCCUUGCCGUUUGUGAAGUCAUUGUGAAGUGAGUUAUUUCAUGAAAGCCGCCACUUUUUGUGUCUCUUCUUCCAUAUUUUCUUGUCCAUUCCCCAAAUCUGCAACUGGGACUGUUCAACCUAUUAACAGUCUUGCGUGCUUCCUGUAAAUUGUGCUUUGUUAAUCUGACAUUAAUGAAAGUCGCUAUAUGUGAUGCAUUAAAGAUGUUUUUCACCACUAAAAAAAUCUUUUAAAAUUUGAAAGCCGAUGUAGUCAUGUGUGUAAGUCAUACAAUCCUGUAUAAAUGUCUCUGCCAAAUGCCUUGUGAGCCAAUCAUUUUAUCCUGAUGUAAAUAUAAAAAAUACUUAAAGGUAUAAAGUAUUUUAUUUGGAUAUAUUUUAAUUUCCUCAAUUCAUUUUAG